AUGGUAAUGGUAAGAGCGGAGAAGCAGGCGCCCGAGGACAGCUCGAUGAAGAACGGUGUCUUCCGGCAAUACAACACCAAAGCACCGAAAGAAACCCAAGUCUUGCCGUUGUUCAGUCUCAAGCAUAAGACGGCCAUCGUUUCCGGUUCCGGCGCUGGCAUUGGUCUCCAGGUCGUACACGCAUUUGCUGAAGCUGGUGCCAAUGUAGCCAUCUGGUAUCAUGGCAACAAGGAAGCACUGGAUCGAGCUGCCGAGGUCGAGAAGAAGUAUGGAACUGACGUGACAGACUACGAGAACGUCAAGAAGGUCAUGAAUGAAAUCGCGGAGGACUUCAAUGGCCGUCUAGACAUAUUCGUAGCCAACGCAGGCAUACCAUGGACUCAAGGCAGAAUGAUCGAUGGCGAGCUCUCGCACUAUCACAGAGUCGUCGCCACGGACCUAGACUCUGUCUUCUACAGCGCCAAAGCAGCCGGCGAGAUCUUCCGUAAGCAGUACGAGAACGGUGGCGUGAGCCUGACUGGUGAAGCUCUGCAGAACUAUAGCUACGGCAGCUUCAUCGCCACGUCAUCUAUGAGUGGGCACGUUGCAAACAUUCCGCAACUUCAGUCAGCCUACAACGCCGCCAAAGCUGGCGUGCGGCAUUUGUGCCAAUCGCUUGCUGUGGAGUGGGUCAAAUUCGCACGAGUGAACAGCAUUUCGCCUGGUUAUAUGGCGACCGAGAUUUCGAACUUCGUGCCGCCAGAGACGAAGGCCAUCUGGCGUGGCAAGAUACCCAUGGGCAGAGAAGGCGAGGCACAUGAGCUGAAGGGAGCAUAUCUUUACCUCGCGUCUGAUGCAUCUAGCUACACCACUGGCACAGACAUUACGGUUGAUGGCGGGUACUGUGCUGUGUAA